UCUCAUGGUCCGGAGCAACAAAGUCAUAAAGUACAUCCACGGAUCAGGCGACCUGAGGCCGACUCACACCUCAUUGACGAUGAGGCAGGUCUUCAAUGUGUUUUCAACCAUUCGAUGGGAUAUAUCGUUGGAAAGGUUCUCAAGGGCCAUAUUUGCGGAGUUCAAGUGCCUUGGAAGCAAUCAUUCCAAACGCCUGACAGCAGUUUGAUGACGAAGGAUGCCUGGCUGAGGGUUGUUGGUGAACUAAAGUUCCUUGGGUGGACGAAGAUAGGAUCGGGAAUGCGUAUGUCUAUGAUGAUGAACCCACGCUACGCAAUUUGCUUGUCCAGUCCAUCAUCCUAUUACAUGAAGGAUCUCAACUGCAUGUAUGGGUUCAUGAGCAACUAUUGUGGAACGAUAUUCCUUCGACGGGAAUUCAUCGAAGACAGGCGGCUCAUCGAUUACUCCCCAAUCGCUCGAGCAGAUACCUCCUACGACGGACCUGGGCGUUCCCCUGGCUACACCAGUUGUAUCAACCAGGCAAUGUUUCCUUGCCGUUGCGGCUCUAGCACAGACGCAAGAGCCUGUCUACAAUACAACACCAAAGCCAGAAUGGGCUGUGGAAAUGAAAUCUCUGCCUUUAACUUCAGCAAACAACUCUCACUCAUCUUUCACCUUUACGCAUUAUUCACCUCUCUAUCAUCUCAAGUUUUCUUCGUCAGUUACUCGUGA